UGCUUACUUUGAAAAAUAUUUUCAAAAGUUAUCUAUUAUACGACCUUUUUAUAUUUUUUUGCUUAUUUAUUUCAAAUUUUCAACAAAUUUUAGGUACUAGUUGUUUAAUAAAAGGUCAAAGUUGAGAAGUUGUAAGCACAUGUAAAUCAAUUCAACAAAUCUCUUUUAGAAAUUAGAACCAUAGGAAUAUGAAGUAUUCAUGUACCUAAAAAUUAGAAGACGCGCAAAGGUUGAUAGUAAUGUGAAGUUAGUAAUGACUUACUAGGAUGCACGUCGAGGUGCCAUCCUUUCCACUAAUACUCUAUAUAUUUGUGCAGUAAUGAGAAAUGUAAAGUCAAACUAAUGAGAAAAUUAGAGGAUGGAAAUAAAAAUGAAGGUAGGUGUGUUGUUUAUGAUGGUAGUGUUGGGAUGCAGCCUGAAAGCAUGUGAAGCUACAAUAGAUGACUCUGAGUUCUUUCAUGUCAGCGGCUUUGUUAAGUGCCAAGAUUGUUCUCAAACAUACUCUCAAUGGGUUCAAGGCGCUAAACCUAUACAAGGUUCAAGAGUAUCAAUAACAUGUUUAGAUGAUAACAAAAGAAUAGCCCAUUAUGGAAGCGAUGAAACGGACAAAGAUGGACAAUUCAACAUGGCUGUAAACAAAACGAGUCACAGCAAUAAGAAAUUGAACCCAAAAGAUUGUAUAGUCAGAUUGGUUUCCUGUCCAGAUACAACCUGCAAUAUUCCUACCGAUUUCGAGCAUGGCAAAACAGGGGUGAAGCUGAGACAGCCUUCAGUUGUAUACAGGGGUACGACUCAAUUUGUCGUUGGGCCUUUUUAUUAUACUACUCCUGCUUGUAAUGAUGACCAAGACUUGGAUGCAGAUGAUACAAGUACCUACCAAGGAUCUUACUGAUCUUAUUGAUGUAACAAUAAUAAUAUACUUGUAUUUUCAACAUCAUUAUGUGAUAUAUAUUUUAACUUAAUGGCAAUUCUUUGUUCACACUCUUAAUUCCUUAAAUAUUUGUGUUUUGACUUGGAUUAUAAAUGAUAGGUAUUUGUUAGGGUUUGGGUCGGGUCUAGAAUCUAGAUACUACUCUUAUCUAGCUCCAACUUUUUAGGGUCGAGUUACCAGAGGAGCCGUGUGAGGCUGAAGCUCCACGUACGGUUUUGAAGCCGAGCCUUUCCGGCAAUGGGGCUUAGGGACCGAUAUGAUGAUUGGUUUAGGUAGAAUGGCCGGCCUACUACAGGCACUUAUAGAGAUUAGUGUGUGAGACUGCGAUAUAAAUCUAAAAUUUAAUUUAAAGAGUUUAAAUUAUUACACUCAAACGUUCUUAGGGUCUUUGAUGGGUCUAGAUUCAGACACGGACUUUAAAAAUCUUUAUAGUAAUCUUUUAAUUGCAAAUUGGUUUUUCAAUAAUCUUAUUUAUUGAUGACUUGUGGUUUCUCUAGUUUA